AUGACUACAGAGGCACGAAUUCUUGAAGCAACACGCCGUCUUAAUGAGGUGACAUUCAAAACACCCCACUCACCACACAGGGGAGUAAGUGAAUUAGCAGCAGGGUUCUCGCCCUCCGAGACUCUCAGUUUAGAGUCUCUAAUAUGCUCUAUACGCGACAGAGAUACUCGCAGCUCACAGGACAAGAUCUCGAUUCUUGAAAGCGCCGAGGAGAUUGUACGGCAAUUGGAGAGCCCAGACGAGCGAGCAAUGGAACUUCUCAUGUCAUUCUCCAUCGUACCAGAGCCACUAGGGAGCGGCACUAUUGCCAAAUUAUGUCUGUUGAUUGGCUCCAUCGUCCAUGGAGGAAUGAUUGAGCUAGUUGGUUCGUGA